UCUCCGGCGUCGUUUUGGUCGAAUUCACAUUUCAGUAUAGGGCAUAUUGGAAUUUGCAAGUCAAGCUGACUGGAGCUAAAGCUCAUACAUUGUUGAUUUGAUUUUUAUGUCCGCGUAGGUAAUGGAGGAAUUGUCAAUAGCAGACCCUUAUGGGACAAAUCCUGGGCCAAUUGAUGGUUCGGUGCUAUAUGAUCAGGAGAAGCAUGUCUCCUCAGCUGUUUGGGAUGGACAGGAGCGUGGUGCACUUAGAUGUCACGAACACACUUCAAAGCUCGAUCAAUGGACUCUGACGGAAACACAAUUGGAGUUGGUAGAGAAAGCAGGAUUUGGCUACUUAAGGUUGAUUCCUGCUAUUAGUCUAGACAACCCACUCAUUUCUGCACUAGUUGAAAGAUGGAGGAAGGAAACAAACACUUUUCACCUGAAUGUAGGAGAAAUGACAGUAACCCUGAAGGAUGUUGCAUUUUUGCUUGGACUAUCAAUUGACGGAGACCCUGUAAUGGGUGUAACGUAUACCACCUGUAACUCAGUUUGUGAAAGAUUUCUAGGAAAAACACCAGAGUCUAAUUAUGUUAGUGGUGGAAUGGUUAAGCUAAGCUGGUUGAAAGAUACCUAUUCGCUUUGUCCUGAAGAUGCACCACUUGAAGUGAUUAAGUACCAUACACGUGCCUACCUUUUAUAUCUUGUUGGAAGCACAAUAUUUUCCACUACCACUGGGAAUAAAGUCCCUGUCAUGUACCUUCCAUUGUUUGAAGAUUUUGACCAAUGUGGGAAAUAUGCCUGGGGAGCAGGAGCCUUGGCAUUCUUGUACAGAGCACUUGGCAAUGCAUCUCAGAGAUCCCAAAGUACAAUUAGUGGUUGUCUGACACUUCUUCAGUGCUGGAGUUACUUUUACCUGAAGAUUGGACGACCAAAGCUUAGUCAAGAUUUAAAUCAUUCUCGUUUUCCUCUUGUGCUUAGCUGGAAAGGAAAACAAAGUGGGCCUACAACAAACCGAGAUGUUGUUUUUUACCGUAAAGUUCUUGAUUCCCUGAAAGAAUGUGAUGUGGAGUGGCUUCCUUAUAAACAUCUGGACAGUCGUGUUAUCCCAAAAAAAAUAUUGAAUGAUCUGAGAAUAGCAAAGUCGAAAACAAUGCUAAUUUGUUUUGACAAGGCAGAAAGGCAUCUCCCAGAUCGUUGUCAAAGGCAAUUUGGUGACCCCCAGCCUAUCCCAGAGGAUGUAGAGCGAUGGGAGAGAAAAAGUCGCGGAGUUGAUGGUGGAGUUGAUUUGUCAACAAAACUGGAGUCAGAGCUGAAUGAAUGGUCAGAGCGUCGAUUUCAUAUUGUGGAAAGGGAUGAUGAUGCAGAUGAAAGUGAGUACAUGCAGUGGUACCUGAAAAUCACACGUAAAUUUGUCGGGAGGCCUAUAUCCCUCUCAUCUGAGUUUCAAAGAACGAAUGCUGGUUUGAGAGAUAUCGCACACAUAGCAGAUACAUUCUCAACAAGGGGUUUGGAUCCUGAACAAGCUGACUUAAUAUUGAGGAUCAGGGAUAUUGCCCAUGAAUGUUUGAGGGACCAGAUUGGUUGUCCAGCUACAGCGUCACCCACCUCACAGAAUGAACUUGGCAAAAGGAUAAGAGGGAAGGAGAGGGUAAGAAGAAGAGGUGCAGGAAAGCGUUUGCGGAAGGAUCAUCCACUUCAUUAUCACACUGCUAGUGAAGAUGAUCGAUCUCCGUUUUCUGGUGCCACUGUUGUGGUUGAUAGGUUACAAUCAUAUCAUGCACAUAGAGAGGAGGAUCAUUUGCCCCUCUAUACUGUUCAAAAUGAGGUCAAUGCUUUACAUAUGAUCAACGGGGAUGUUGACAUUGGUUUCGAUCAGUCAGAGCUGGUCCAGGUGACUGGUGAGGAAUGUAACUCUGAGCUAAACCAUGCAGUUGUGAAGGUUGAUGAAACCCACUUAUUUGAAGCAACUGAAACGAUAAAUGACUCACAAAUUUGUAAUGCCAUGAAUGAGGUCAAGGACAUUCAAAUAUCUGAUUCAACAAAGGUUGAUUCUCACAUUUGCAAUGCAAGGAACGUCAUUGAUUCACAGCUCUCUGAUGCACCGGAGGGGGUUACGAACUCACAGAUUUGCAAUGCAGAUGAGGAGGUUGAUGUUUCACAUGUUAUUGAUGCAACACAGGAGGUUACUGACUCUUGUCUCUCUGCAACAUCUGUAAAGAUUGAUGAUCCCGAGCUUCCUGAACCUAACACUGGAAGUGAGGGACGAACAACUAAGUUGGAAACGGAGAUUCCAGAAUGUUCUCCUGAGGGAUCUCAGGAUAUUGCAAACCAGAGUAGUGUUGUAUUAUGAAGUACUGGUGCGAUCAUGAAGUUUUGCUGAGCUAAUCGUUCUACAUGAUUUAGAAGAUGUUGACUAACAUUGUUUAGUUGUAUGUACAAUCCUAUUCCGAUUAUGUUGGCCUUGCAUAGUAUGUUCUUAUUAUUUGAUUGCAUGACUAGCAAUCACAUACUCAUCAUACGCAUCAUUGUAUAUAUGGCUUGAUUUUUGGCUAGUUGGCAAUAAGAUGCCUUUAUUCAUGA